UUUCAGCUCUCCACAUUUGAACAAAGUACGUCAAAGUGAACACAACUGCCGACAAGCAGUAGAAAGCUAAAAAGAGAGAAUUUCACAAGUGAUUAAAGUUAUUACAAAUCAAGCAAUUUCAACAAAGAUGCGUUCGUUACCCAUGUUUCUACGUAUGGCCGAGGAGCUGACCAGAUUGCCGCGUGUGUCGCCGUUCCAGGCCUUUUUCCACGAGCCGCAGAUGUGGACAGGCUUGACUGUGCCUCGCAAUUGGCAGCAGAUAGCACGCACACAGGAGCAGCAGUUUACACCGGCAGCCACCAUUGGCAAGAACGGCUACCAGGUGUCACUGGAUGUCAGCGAAUUCAAGCCCAACGAACUGACAGUGAAGACCGUCAACAACAGCGUCGUCAUCGAGGGAAAGUCUGAGCAGGAGGAGGAUGCACAAGGUGGCUACUAUUCCCGUCACUUCCUGCGUCGCUUCACUCUGCCCGAGGGCUACGAGGCAGAGAAGACAACGUCCAGCCUGAGCAGCGAUGGUGUUCUCACCAUCAGUGUACCCAAUCCGCCAGCUGUUGAGGCGGCGCUCCAGGAACGCAUUGUGCCCAUACAACAAACGGGACCAGCUGAACUGAAUGUAAAGCCAAAUCCUCCAUUGGAUCAACCUGCUGAAAAGGAGCAGGAGAAGAAGGAACAGUGAAUCCUAUACUAUAAGCUAAUCUAGUCCCUCAAUAAUAGCUGUAGAAUUAGUAUUUACAUAAA